AUUGUUUGUUAGUGGAUAAGCAGGGAUUUGAAGCUGGGUUCAGACCUCACAGCUGGUUGUGUUUUCAUAUACUUGCACUUCCAUUAGCAGCUGUAAAACUAAGUUACAUGGAGGGGUCAUUCCUGGGAAUAACUGUCAUGAGGAAAAGAGAGCUAUCUCCUUAAUGUUCUCCUUAUUUUUGUCUUUGACUCUACUUUUACUGCAGAAGAGAUUACCCUGGAUCUGAGAUGGAGGUCUCUCUGCUGCUACUCAGCCUGGGCUUGAUUCUUGUAGGAUCUUCAGGAAACAAAAUGGAGACAAUUAAAAAAGUCUCAGAGGAAGAAAUGCAAGGUGACUUGGCAGACAGUUACCAAGAAAAACAGACCAUCGAGGUAUUCAUGAAUUCAACUCUGUCAGCUACAAACACAUCCAGCUUUAACACGUCCAAGGAUGUUAUAUCACUGACAUUCAGGAGAUUACAUUAUAGCUUCCCCAAGGGGAACAGCCCAGGUGAUAACAAAGAGAAUUACAAUGACAUGGUGAUCUGGAGAAAAGUUUCACAAGCGAAUGGGUCAUGCAGGUUGAGCAAUAACUUUAUUUUUGGCUUCAUGGAAGUGACUGGUGGUAUAUCCAAGACCUCCAGCUAUAAGUGUGGGCAGGAUCUUGGCAUAGGCUGCUCUGAGAGCCCAGAACUGGAGACCACUAUGGGCCAGCUCACUAUAGGCAAACCAUUCCCCAGGCGGCAAUACCACGGUGUUACCUCAUUAAAGAAAAUAUUGGCAGUGCUAACAGGUAAUUCUCUGAUGAGCUGGUUAGUUAGUGGCUGUAAAUUGUAAAUCCCACAGGGGCGUGAGACAAUAGUCUAUCUAACAAGAACAUAAGUAUUGCGGUCAUUGUUUAUUGCCUUCUGUUAUCUGCAUCUCCCCUUUAGUACUAUUAUAAAGUCCUGAUUAUUUAUACUAACUGAAGGAAUGGAAAAUCCAAA